CAGCCGGCACUUGAAAUCGGUUUAUCCUGUGCAGCAUACAGUCACCCACGGCAGGUGAUUGGGCACGGACUUGUUCAUAUGAUCAUGAAGAUCCUAGGGGAACUAGCCCUGGUGGGGGCGAUAGCCUCGGUCUUCAUAGUGGCUGCUCAGGGCAGGGCCGCCGAGAGGGCAGCGGAGGAGGCCGCUGGAAGGGACUACAUGAGGACCCUGGACGAGCUCACGUCGAAUGCCAAGAAUAAGAGGACGAUCGCCUCCUGGAACUAUGAGAGCAACAUCACUGAGUAUAAUGAGGAGCAGAUGCUCCAAGUGUCCUUAGACGUCGCUGAAGAAGAGAAGGAAUACUGGAAGGAGACCAUGAGCUACUUAUGGCACGAGUUCGAAGACGAGGACCUUAAGAGAAUGUUCCAGAAGUACUCUCAGCUAGGAACCUCUGCCUUGCCUGAGGACUUGAAUCAGCGGCUCAUCCAGGCUGUUAACAAUAUGAAGACCACGUACGCUAAGGCUACAAUUUGCGAUUAUAAGGAACGGGCCAAGUGCGAUCUGCAUGUGGAACCUGAGGUGACCAACAUCUUCGCAACCAGCGAGGAUCCUGAAGAGCUGAAGUACACCUGGGAGCAGUGGCACAAGGCAGCCGGAGCAGCUUCCAAAGGGAACUUCUCCGAGUAUGUGCUGAUGGAAAACGAGGCUGCUAAGCUGAACGGUUACGACACAGUAGCCGAGUGGUGGCUAAGUGAGUACGAGAUGAAGGAUGAGGACCAGUUCGCCACCCUCUGGAACCAAGUGAGGCCCCUGUACGAGCAGAUACAUGCAUACGUCAGAGGCCGUUUGCGGGCCAAGUAUGGCGAAGACGUGGUCUCCAAAAAGGGGCCGAUCCCAGCACAUUUGCUAGGAAAUAUUUGGGCCCAAACUUGGAAUAACAUCGAAAAGUAUAGUCGGCCCUACCCUGAGAAACCAGAUGUAGACGUUACUGCUGCUCUUAUUGCUCAGAACUACACCCCUCUAAAGAUGUUCCAAACAGCCGAAGAGUUCUUCAAAUCCUUGAAUCUGAGUGGGAUGCCCGAUCUGUUUUGGGACAAAUCGAUCAUCGAGAAACCGAAUGACGGUCGUGAUCUGGUGUGCCAUGCUUCGGCUUGGGACUUCUUUGAUGGUGAAGACUUCAGGAUCAAACAAUGUACCGUAAUAACAAGUGAAUUCUUCACGACCACCCAUCACGAAAUGGGCCACAUCCAAUACUUCCUCCAGUACAAAGACCAGCCAGUGAUAUACCGAGAAGGAGCGAACCCUGGUUUCCAUGAGGCAGUAGGUGACGUGAUUGCUCUUUCGGUCGCUACUCCCAAGCAUUUAAGAGUUAUGGGUCUUUUGGAAGAUGGACCCGAGGACCUUGAAUCUAACAUCAAUCAGCAGUUCAAAAUGGGUUUGGAGAAGAUUGUGUUCCUUCCAUUCGCGUACCUUCUAGACUUGUUCCGAUACAGCGUGUUCCGCGGUAUCACAGCUCCAAGGGACUACAACUGCCACUUCUGGCAGCUGCGAGACUCGCUGCAGGGAAUCGAACCCCCGGUGCCGAGGACAGAAGAUGAUUUUGACCCUGCCGCUAAGUAUCAUGUGUCUGCUGAUGUUGAGUAUAUGAGGUACUACGUGUCCUACAUCAUCCAGUUCCAAUUCCACCGGGCUCUAUGCCAGCUGGCCGGCGAGUACGCGCCCGACGACCCCGCCAAACUGCUGUCCAACUGCGACAUCUAUAGGAGCCAGGCCGCUGGGAAGGCUUUGGGUGACAUGCUCCAAAUGGGUUCUUCCAAGCCGUGGCCCGACGCUAUGGAGGUGCUGACCGGCCAAAGGAACAUGGACGCGGGAGGAGUGUUGGAAUACUUCGCGCCUCUUCAUGAGUGGCUGAAGACGGAGAACGAACGGACUGGCGAGUUCAUUGGCUGGGAGCCGAGCACUGUCCAAUACUGCACACAAGAGCAGCGCAGUGCAAUGGAAGACUUAGGUUUCAACGAAAAGCUUAAGAAGUACGGCGGAAUGAUGUAAAUUAUUUUGUAAAAAUUAAGUAAAACACAAUUAAAUUAUUGAAUCACUG